AUGAAAGUGUUAUACCCUGCUCCGCGUGAGAUAACCCAGCUUUCAGACGAGUUGCUGGCUGUCAAGAUCGCUCGGCACUCGAACUGCUCCGCGUGCUCCUCGUGUCCAGGACUCCGACCACCACCAGGCGUUGAGGCCGUACUUGAUUCAGGUGCACAACAAGGCUCGUCACCCUCGGAGUCGCAAGCACACGAUGACCGUGCCGAGAAGUAUCUCGAUACCUGUGGGUGCGGUCAUGGCGUCGUGGAGCACGGCGCGGACCCGUCUUCAAUCGGUGCGGAGGAGUUCGCACGGAGAGGUCGCGCCGCAGUCCGACUGGAUGAGCUACUUGAGGAUGUUAACAAACUGCUUGACUUCGACUACGCGGACGAUGAUAUCGACAGUCUCAGACAACAGAUGACCCUCCCUGCGCGAACUCCGUCUCCCGCAAGUUCAAUAUCCGACGCCCUGAACGACCUCGUCCCAUCAUCUCCACAGAAAGCGCCAUCCUCACCGGCGUCCUCGUUUCUUAGUGACGCAGCGGAUGUCCUUGAACCACCAACGAAGAAGCGCCGGGUGUCGUUCUCAGAGUCGUCCCUGAGCUCUAGCAGUGACGAUGACGAGGAAGAGCGACCACUCGCCGCGCGCAAAACCGCGCCCGCGCCGGCCACAGCUAACAAAGUCGAGGGUAGUUCAACCUCACGUGCCACCGGACACAAGCGUAGCGGCAAGCAACCCUCUAACAAGAAGGCGAAGAAGACACAAGCACGCACUGCGCCGGUGUCCAUCGCCCCGCCCUCAGAGGCUCAGAAAGCGGAUAUGAUGCGCCCUGCUGACGGUGCCAAUGGCGAGAUGAAAGUGAAGGUCGAAGAUAGAAUGGACGAGGGUCAACUUAUGCGUCUUGCUACGGGUGUAACGGUGGACGCAACUGCCCCGUCUUCUGGCACGCCAACGUUUAAACCGGAAAAAAUGGCCCACGUUGAGUUGCGCAAGGGCAUCAUCAGGGUCGUGGCGGUGGAGAACGAUCGACAACCUCGCUCCUUGGUCAUUCUUACAGGGUUGAAGACGCUGUUUCAGAAACAACUCCCAAAGAUGCCACGAGAAUACAUCGCUCGACUCGUCUACGACACGAACUCCAAGUGUCUCGCAAUCAUCAAGCGAGGAUACAAGGUGGUCGGCGGGAUAUGUUACAGACCUUUCCCUCAUCGAGGCUUCGCAGAGAUUACCUUCUUUGCCACAACGUCUGUUGACCAAGUCAAGGGAUAUGGUUCCAUGCUGAUGGACCACUUCAAGGCGCAUAUCAGGAACACCUAUCCCGACAUGUGGCACUUCCUCACAUACGCAGACAACUACGCAGUAGGCUACUUCCGAAAGCAAGGCUUCUCGAAGGAUAUCACGCUCGAUCGUUCUGUUUGGGCGGGAUACAUUAAGGACUACGAAGGCGGGACGAUCAUGCAGUGCACGAUGCUUGACAAGGUCGAUUAUCUGAACACUCGGGAAAUCAUGUUGCAGCAGCGAGAAGCGAUUCUGAGCAAGAUCAGGGAGAUGAGCAGGAGCCAUAUCGUGUAUGACGGCCUGCCCCAGUUCCGAGAAGGUGCGCCUGAGGGAGUCACAGUUGAUCCAAAGGAUGUCCCUGGACUGCGGGAAAGUGGCUGGACGCCAUCUAUGAUGACGGGCCCUAUACGGUCAAAUGGCAAGGGCGCGGAACACAAUCUCAUGGAGAAGCUUCUGAGCAGCUUGUCCGAACAUUCAAAUGCCUGGCCGUUCCUGCAGCCUGUAAACGCUGACGAGGUUCCGGAUUACUACGAAGUCAUCAAACAGCCGAUGGACUUCAGCACGAUGGAGCACAAGCUCGAGACCAACCAGUAUUCGAAUUUGGACGCCUUCCUGGCGGAUGCUCAACUCGUUCUAGAGAAUUGUCGAACAUACAAUCCGGAGGGGACGGUAUACUACAAGAAUUCGAUCAAGCUCGAGAAGUUCUUGAAGGAACAGCUUGUGGUAUAUGGUGUCAAGAAAGAAGACUGA